GGAGGGAGGUUAAGCCCCAAAACAAAAGAAACAUGAGUUACAGUAGACGCUGACACAACCCACUCACUCCACUGUACUAUACCACUCUACCCUUCCUAUUUCAAAAUCAACAAAAUGCUUCCCCUCCUUACCUAAUUUCUUCCUUCCUUGCUUCACCACCGGCGGUCAUUUCCUCCAUGGCCUCUAUUACCCUCCACCUCUCAACUUAUUUCUUUCUUUUCCUCACACUUUCUGCUACCGACCAACACCGCCAGACGACCUUCAUCGUUCGAGUUCAACACGACGCCAAACCAUCAGUCUUCCCAACUCACACCCACUGGUACGAUUCUACCCUCGCUUCUGUAUCCGACUCCCAGAUCCUCCUUUCUUCACGUAUUAUUCACACAUACGACACCGUCUUCCAUGGCUUCUCUGCCAAGCUCUCCGCUCUCGAGGCUUCCAAGCUCGAAUCUGUUUCUACCGUACUCUCUGUUAUCCCCGAACAAGUUCGUCAUCUGCACACCACUCGUUCACCGGAGUUCCUGGGCCUCAAGACGUCCGACAGUGCCGGCUUACUCAAAGAGUCUGAUUUCGGCUCGGAUCUGGUUAUCGGAGUGUUGGAUACCGGGAUUUGGCCUGAGAGACAGAGUUUCAACGAUAGAGGCUUAGGCCCUGUGCCGGUUAAAUGGAAGGGAACUUGCGUUGGUUUCCCAUGUAACCGAAAGUUGAUUGGAGCCAAAUACUUCUCUGCCGGAUACGAAGCAACAAACGGUAAAAUGAACGAAACGUUGGAGCACCGCUCGCCAAGAGAUUCAGACGGUCAUGGAACUCACACAGCUUCAAUUGCUGCUGGUAGGUAUGUUUUUCCGGCCUCAACUCUUGGUUAUGCACGUGGUGUGGCUGCUGGAAUGGCACCCAAAGCUCGUCUGGCUGCCUAUAAGGUUUGCUGGAAUGCUGGUUGCUUUGACUCCGACAUCCUCGCCGCCUUUGACUCCGCCGUGUCAGAUGGUGUAGAUGUCAUAUCCUUAAGUGUUGGCGGCGUUGUUGUGCCUUACUACCUUGACGCAAUUGCCAUCGGUGCUUAUGGUGCUUCCGACCACGGCGUUUUUGUCUCAGCUUCUGCCGGUAACGGUGGCCCUGGCGGACUCACUGUCACUAACAUAGCACCCUGGGUCACUACUGUAGGAGCCGGAGCAAUUGACCGUGACUUUCCCGCUGAUGUAAAGCUAGGAAAUGGUAAAUUGAUUCCUGGUGUAAGCGUCUACGGUGGACCCGCAUUGGCGCAACACCGUCUCUAUCCGCUAAUUUACGCGGGGAAUGAAGGUGGAGACGGUUACUCUGCUUCCUUGUGUCUGGAAGGUUCUCUAGAUCCUAAAUCUGUCAAGGGUAAAAUCGUGUUAUGUGAUAGAGGCAUCAAUUCUAGAGCUCAAAAGGGGGAAGUUGUUAAGAAAGCAGGCGGCAUUGGUAUGAUUUUAGCAAAUGGAGUGUUCGACGGUGAGGGUUUGGUUGCCGAUUGCCACGUCCUGCCAGCUACAUCAGUCGGCGCAUCCUCAGGCGACGAGAUAAGAAAAUACAUCAUGUCAGCUUCGAAAUCCAAGUCACCCCCUAAAGCCACUAUUAUUUUCAAAGGAACUAGAAUAAACGUCCGGCCAGCCCCCGUAGUGGCCUCGUUUUCGGCACGUGGACCUAACCCAGAAUCACCCGAGAUUUUAAAACCAGACCUUAUUGCUCCAGGACUCAAUAUUCUUGCAGCCUGGCCGGACAAAGUAGGACCGUCUGGCCUUGCAUCUGAUAACCGCAAAACAGAAUUUAACAUAUUAUCGGGUACAUCCAUGGCCUGCCCUCAUGUUUCCGGUCUAGCCGCACUGUUGAAAGCUGCCCACCCAGAAUGGAGCCCAGCUGCAAUCAAAUCAGCACUCAUUACAACUGCUUAUACAGUGGACAAUCGAGGGGAAACAAUGAUAGACGAGUCCACUGGAAACUCGUCCACAGUAAUGGAUUUUGGGGCGGGUCAUGUCCACCCACAAAAGGCCAUGGAUCCUGGUUUGGUAUACGACAUUAGUUCAUAUGAUUACAUCGACUUCCUGUGUAAUUCCAAUUACACAACCAAAAACAUCCAAGUGAUUACCAGGAAACACGCAGACUGUAGCCGUGCAAAAAAGGCGGGUCAUUCUGGGAACUUGAAUGUCCCGUCUAUGACGGCUGUUUUCCAACAAUAUGGGAAGCAGAAAAUGUCGACACACUUCAUCAGAAGCGUGACAAAUGUGGGUGUGGCGGAUUCAGUUUACAGCGUGAGCAUAAGGCCACCAAGAGGGAUGAAUGUGACAGUGGAACCAAUGAAGCUUGCAUUCAGGCGGGUGGGGCAGAAGCUUAACUUUUUGGUGAGGGUGAAAGUGGCAGCAGUAAAGCUGUCUCCCGGGAGUUCGAUGACGAAAAGCGGGUCAAUUGAGUGGUCGGACGGUAAACACGUUGUAACAAGUCCAGUGGUUGUCACAAUGCAAGAACCUCUGUGACUGCCUGAAAUAUAAUUCAACUUUGAUGUUUGAAGAGUGGUUGGUUGGUUAAUUAUGGUUGCUACUAGAAUGAAUGUAUUUAAAUCAGAAAGAACCACGAAUAUGUUUUUGUAUAAAACAUGUGAUUUGAUUUGGUGUGUGUUAUUAUUUAUAAUAUGACCAAGAGUUUUAAUA